UCUCUCUCUCUCUCUUCAGCCUCCACCACAAAUAAUAAACCUUGACAACAAAACCGAUAAGCUUUUUCUUCUUCUCUCUCGUUUGCCACUGCAACCACAUUUACUCUUAGUCGGAAACAUGUUCUCAGUGAAGCCUUGUAAUAGCCGUUGCAACUCACCAUUCCUCUCCGACUCACGUCGUCUUCAAAACCUAGCAAAACCGCAAAGUACCGUUUUCGCCCCAUGCAGGGUAUUGUCUCCUCAUGAAAGAAGACUUGGCGUGAGGGCAAGUAGUGGAAAAGGAGAAGCAGAGAAGAAAGAAAGACGACCUUUCUUAACCCUAGAAGAAGCUGGUCUGGUAGAAAUCUCCGGUCUCAGCACUCACGAAAGAUUUCUAUGUCGUUUAACGAUAUCGUCGUUGAAUUUGCUGAGAGUGAUAUCAGAACAAGAAGGAUGCGAAAUUGAGGAGCUAAAUGCUGGGAAGGUAUGUGACUGGUUUGUGAAGGAUAAGUUGAAAAGAGAGCAGAACUUGGACUCUGCUGUCCUCCAGUGGGAUGAUUCUGAGCUAUUUUAAUUAUUUGAUUAACUUGUAAGAUGGUAUAUUUAUAAUAUUUGAUACCAUGAGCCAAAGAUUUUGUGAAACGA